AUGUUUGUUCUCAUCUGGUCGGCUCUGUUUGUCUCUGUAAAAGGCAGCAUUGUCUGGGGACAACAACACUGUGUUGGAGGAUACUGUGUUACUCUGAGUGAGCGACAACUAACAGCAGAGGCUGGACUCUGCGUUGUAAUCCCGUGUUCUUUCACUACUGCUGAUGAGUUUACACCCAACCAUACAAUUUGGUACAAAUGUGAAUCUCCAACAAAAUGUGGUGAUAAAAUAAUAUUUCACAGCAACAAAACCACAGACAAAAAAGCUCAGUCUGGGUUUGAAGGACGAGUGUCACGUUUGGAGCCUGAUGUGAGUCAGAACAACUGCAGCGUCAUCAUUAAUGAUCUGAAAGAGUCUGAUUCUGGAUCAUAUCAGCUCAGAGUUACUGGUGUACAGAAUGGACAACAAGAUGCAUUCACAUUCAUUCAGAUAGUAACUGUCUCUGUUAAAGGUAUGAAACAGAAGCCCACAGUAAUGAUUCCCACACUGACAGAGAGACGGCAGGCCACACUGACCUGCACUGCUCCUGGUCUCUGCUCUGGAUCUGUUCCUGAAAUCACCUGGACAUGGAGAGGAGCAGGAGGGACUGAAUCUUACAUUACAGGAAACAGCACUGAUUUCAAGACUGAGAAGCUGACUGAUGUAACACAGAGACACAUCUCAACUUUAACCUUUAAAUCUUCAGCUGAACAACACAACACCACUGUUACCUGUAAAAUCCGCUUCACAGAUGUGAAGAAAGUUAAAAUCACUGGGGUGACAAGUGUGAGGGAGGUGACAAGUGACCUGCAGUGUUGA